UACUGGCCUGCUGUAGUGCUGCAGGGUCGACUUAAAAUGGGCCUAACCCUCUCAGGAGCCUUGCUCUCCCGCCGCCGGCCCCACCCCGCCGCCGAACUCCUCUUUGCAUCCCGCUGCGAAGCUCACCGCCCAACCUCGUCCCAGCCCGACUACGUUCUGUACAAGGUCGCCGAACUACUGUUUUCCCCGACGCUUCCUCCUCCUCUAUUCUUCCCGGGCCAUGAGAGACCUCCACUUCCCGCUGAACCAGACCCAGAGGGUCCGCCUCGAGGCUGCGCUCCACGAACUGCAGACCCUCGCCCCCGCCGCCGCAUCUGCCGCCUCCGUCACUGUCGCGGACAGCAUCCCCGUCAACCAAGAGGACAAUAUUCUCAAAGGGCAUGGUGCGGCGGAUCACGAUGGGGAGGUGGUGGCGACACUGUGCGGCGUCGUGGAGCGGGUCAACAAGCUUGUCUAUGUGCGGACGCUCCGGCGAGGUAUAAACCGGAGGUUGGCGACAUCAUUGUUGGCCGUGUCAUUGAGAUUGCUCCUAAACGCUGGAGGUUGGAGAUAAACUUUACCCAAGAUGCUGUUUUAAUGCUUUCUUCUAUGAAUUUGCCUGAUGGAAUCCAGAGAAGGAGAACUGCUGUUGAUGAGCUUAAUAUGCGGAGUAUAUUUGAAGAAAAUGACGUUGUCUGUGCUGAAGUUCGUGGUUUCCAACAUGAUGGAUCUCUUCACCUACAAGCAAGGAGUCAAAAGUAUGGAAAGCUUCAGAGGGGUCAAUUGCUCACAGUGCCUGCAUAUUUGGUAAAACGGCGGAAGCAGCACUUCCAUCACCUUGAGCAAUAUGAUGUCGACUUGAUUCUUGGUUGCAAUGGGUUCAUUUGGGUUGGGCAGCAUGUUCUGGUGCGUGAAAAUACUGAACUGAAGGAAGAUCAACACAAGUUGAGUGACGAAGUGGACACUUUUACCUCAAUAGAAACUAGAAAACACAUUUGUCGGCUUGCCAAUGCUGUGCGUGUGCUUUCGGCCCUAGGAUUCAUUCUUACCAUUGAACUGAUAAUUCAGACCGCUGAAGCAAGCCUAUCAUCAAAUGUCGAGAUAAAUGCCAUGCUCGGAGCUGAAUUUUAUGUUCAGACAGCGGAGAGAGAGGCUAGGCGUCGAGCUGACCUCGUGAGAAAGAAGAAUGGAGCAAGGUAGAAGUAAAACCUGCUGGUUCUGGGGCCGGUUCUAGCAGCUUGAUUGGUAGACCACAGUACCUGUGCUGAUCUGUAAAAGUUUCUGACCUGUACGAGAUCUGUAAACAGGAAGUUGCAUCUUCAAUGCCAGCCAUCGUACCCUAUUACUCUGUGAAACCUAGAGGUGCAAGGACCUUUAGAUACUGGCUUCCUCCACUCUGCUGCUGUGUAUGCAUUUAGUGGUAGCAACAGCAAUGUCAACAGCGGCGAGGUGUCCGGACCCACCAUGUUAACUCACUUUUCUUUACAUGUGCGUUUGACGUGCUUUGCCGCAUUCUAUUGUAUGAACUGGGCUUGAAGUUUGUGGUGGUUAAAUUCUUGUUUUCAUAUCA